UCUCAUUAUCCGGCUCUUGCCGUGUCGGAGGCAGCUGGACCGGCCGUGCAUUAAUAGAUUACACAGAGGAUUUGGGCUCGCUGACAGCAGCGAGGGCAGAGCUAGCAGGAGGCGAGGCCAGCCCGGCUUGCUGAGCCGCGGGGACAGACGCAGCCCCGCGCCCUCUGCCACCUCUUCCAGCCGAGCCCCGACCGAGCCCCAGCGCCAUGGAUGAGUGGGACCUGCCCCAGUGGAAGAAGGAGGUGGAGAGCCUGAAGUACCAGCUGGCCUACAAGCGGGAGAUGUCCUCCAAAACGAUACCUGAGUUUGUGAAGUGGAUAGAGGAUGGCAUUCCUGAAGACCCCUUCCUGAACCCAGAGCUGAUGAAGAACAACCCCUGGGUGGAGAAAGGGAAAUGCAGCAUCCUCUGAGAGCAGGUGCUGUGCAUUAACAUUGAAUGUACACUUUUUUAUUAGCUAGCUUCCUACUAUGACUAACUGAAACACUCAACCCUCAUCUCGUCUUAUUAUUUUAGUAGUAGAAGUGUUUGGUUUUAUAGGGGCAGCUGGGGAGGCAUACAUGGGGUGGAUGCAUGGGAGAUGGCAAUAGCAAACAUUCCCUGGGGCAGGGAGGGCUGCCUCUUCUCCUACCCCUUCUGUACCCAUGAGCAAGUGCUGUACUCAUAAAGGGAGAAAACUUUUAUACAACGUUCUCAGUGCUUUUCA